CGGGCUCUUAGAACCGGGACCGGGCAGUGCCCGGCCGCUCCGGCCCGCAGCCGCACGGGGAGGCUGUCGGGUGACAGCCGGGCCCCGCUCCCCAUCACCGGCUCCACCGUGCACUCACCCUCCUGCCGGUGGGGUCCACCCCGAGCCAGCGAAGACCCCUUUAAGACCGGCUGCCCCGUCAGCGCGCCCGGCUCCAGCUGACAGCCGGGAGCGGCUUUGACGUCACCGUGACGUCAGGCAGCGCGUCACGGCCCGUGUCCCGUGUGUUCCCGCGGUCCCGGGCACAUGGCGGCGCGCCGGCGGCGGCAGCAGCAGCAUGUGACCGCUGUCACCUGACCAACAUGGCCGGGCAGCGCGGAUGAACGCGGAGCCGCCGCAGGUGGCAAUGGGGAAGUGAGACUCACUGCGUGCGGCUGGCUCUGCAGGAGCUGGGGAGGCCAAGGCCAGCGCCGCGCUCCUCCUCUCGCACCUUCCUGCAUCCAGCAUGGAUGGCUUCCUCCGGAGCGUGGAGCAGGACCUGAACAUCGACCGCCGGCAGCUGGCUGCUGCUCCGGACAGGACCCACGUUACCGCCUUCGUCCCGGUCAAAUGGCUGGCAAGCCUCAAGGAACGCCGAGUGCUGCCCGGGCUGUGCCCGCGCCCGGAGGGGCUGAGCGAGGUGGAGGUGAGGACAUUCCUGCAGCACUCUGUGCAGAAGCUGCCUGCAGGCUGGACCCGGCUCGAGAUCCACGGCCUGCGGAAGGAGAGGCUGCGGUACCCGCUGCGGGUGCAGCCCCCCGGCUCGGAGCAGCGCGGCGGCACCACAGAGACCCUGCACGGCUUCAUGCAGAGUGUGGCCUCGCAGAACUACCGCAACCUGUGGUGCCGGGCCCACCGCCGCCACGUGCGGCCGUACCGGCACACGGAGGCACCGCACGCUGUGCCGGCGCUGGGCGCGCUGCGGGCGGCCCUGCACAAGGCUUACGGCUGCCCCGUGCUGCAGGUGGGCAAGGCUGCACAUGGCGCUUCCCCAGCCAAGGAGAGCCUGGUGGCCGGCAAGGCUUGUCCCAAUGUGCUGCAGGCUGAAGCUGUGCUCGAGUCGGCUGAUAUGGUGUAUAUCAUCUACCCCUAUGUGCAGUACUGUUUGCAUGAUAUCGUGACUUUCAGCCCGGCCAAGCUCACCAACAGCCACGCUAAAAUCCUCUUCCUCCUGUUCCACGUGCUGCAGGCCAUGAAGGCUUGUCACCAAGCGGGUCUGGCUUGUGGUGCCUUUUCCCUGCGGGAUGUGGCUGUGGAUGAGAAGCUGUGCAGCCGGCUCCGGGUGAACUUCAGGGAGUACGAGGGACCGGAGAAGGAGGAAGUGACUGUGGAAGCUGGUCUGGAAGGAACGAGUGAGCAAAGCAGUGCUGGUGUGCGAGGGCAGGAGGGGAGGUGUGCUGCCUGCCAGAAGGACCUCAGAGACCUGGUGCUGCAGUGGGUGCACGGGCAGGUCAGCAACUUUGACUACCUAAUGCGUCUGAACAGCUUGGCUGGAAGGAGAAUGGGAGACCCCAAUUAUCACCCGGUUCUUCCAUGGGUUGUGGAUUUCACUACCAAAAACGGGAAGUUCAGGGACCUACGGAAAUCCAAGUUCCGCCUCAACAAGGGGGACAAGCAGCUGGACUUCACUUAUGAGAUGACCAAGCAGGCGUUUGUUGCUGGUGGCUCAAGUGGGGAGCAGCUCCAUGUCCCCCAUCACAUCUCCGAUGUCCUUUCGGAUAUCACCUACUACGUGUACACGGCUCGGAGGACACCCAAGGCAGUGCUGUGCUGCCAUGUAAGGUCCCAGUGGGAGCCCAAUGAGUAUCCAGCCAGCAUGGAGCGCAUGCAGAGCUGGACACCGGAUGAGUGCAUCCCAGAGUUUUAUACUGACCCUUCCAUCUUCCGAUCCAUCCAUCCGGAUAUGCCCGACCUGGACGUGCCCUCUUGGUGCAGCUCCUAUGAGGAGUUCAUUGAAGUCCACCGCAUGCUGCUGGAGAGCAGGGAGGUGUCUCAGGACCUCCACCAUUGGAUUGACCUCACUUUUGGGUACAAGCUGCUGGGGAAGGAUGCUGUCAAGGAGAAGAACGUCUGCCUCCACCUAGUAGACAACCACACGCAUCUGACCACGUAUGGGGUCGUGCAGCUCUUUGACCAGCCACAUCCCAGGCGCAUGGUGGGACCUGCCUAUACACCAGCUGAAGCUCCAGCCAUUGCCCGGCCUCUUGUCCAGAACAUCCGUGAGGCCGUGUUUAUGGAGGAUCUCCAAGUGACGGAUGCAGUCAAUGGGCUGGUCCUGGAGGCUACUCCCAGUGAAACCAGCUGGUCUGGGGAGAAAUCCAUGGCUGGUGAGGAUGAUUUAGAGCAAGGUACUGAAGCUUUGGAUUCAAUUCCUGCCACCAGCAGAGCUGCUGAUCAGCCCUGUGCCACGGUGCCACCAGCACAGCCCUCCACCCUCCCUGCUUAUGCCACCGAAGGCAAAACCUCAGGGGUCCGACCUCUCCGCCGGAGCAAGGCAGGUGCUGUGGAUCAGGCUGACAUGAAGAUCACGCUUCCCGAAGGCUUCAAUCCGCUCCAGGCCCUGGAAGAACUGGAGAAACUGGACAAUUUCUUGGUCAAAGGCUUAAGCAGUGAGAUGCAGCUGAUGGAGCAGCCAUGGGAAGAGCCCCCCCUGGGUAUCUCGGACCUCUUCCAGAGGGAUAUGCAAGCUUUGGGCAUCCUGGUAGCUGAGAUUAUAUUUGCACCCAGGAUUCGUCCUUCGAAGCCGGACGCAUCCCUGUUGGAGCGGUUCCUGUUGGUGCGUAACCUGUGUCGCUAUUAUCCCAAGGAGAUCCCGGCCCCACUGCAGCACGUACUGCAUGUCCUGCUGCAGCUGAACGUGCCGGUGGAGAAGCUGCUGAAGCCCAGGCUGGGCAAGGGCACGGUGCUGUUGUUUGAAUACAAACCCAUCUCCCAGGGCCUCCCUCCGCCCUGCCCCACGCAGCUCCUCAGCCCCUUCAGUUCUAUUGUCCCCUUCCCCACGUACUUCCCAGCCCUGCACAAGUUCAUUUUCACCUAUCAGGCGAAGAAGAUAGAGGAUGAAGGCCAAGGCCGGGAGCUUGUGUUCCAGCUGUGGCAGCAGCUGGAAGGGAUCCUUUCUGAAAUCACUCCUGAAGGCUUGGAGAUCCUCCUGCCCUUCAUAUUAUCACUGAUGUCCGAGGAGAACACAGCUAUCUACGCAGCAUGGUACCUCUUUGAACCCAUAGCUAAAUCCCUCGGCCCAAAGAAUGCCAAUAAAUACCUGCUCAAACCAUUGAUUGGAGCGUAUGAAAGCCCUUGCUAUCGCCACGGCAGGUUCUACCUCUACACAGACUGCUUUGUGGCCCAGCUGAUCGUGCGUCUGGGGCUGCCAUCCUUCCUCCUCAACCUGCUCCCACACAUCCUGCAGAUUCUCGUCGGCAUCGAGGGCUCACGGGAGGAGAGCAAAUCCCUCCUUGGGGCAGCUGAAGAUGAUGAAAGCGGAGGGGAAAGCCCCGUGUCGUGUGUGUUUGGGGAGGAGAUCAAAAUGGAUGUGGAGCACAGCUCGGCUGCGCUCGACCUCCUCGACUACACCUCGGGUGUCAGCUUCCAUGACCAAGCCUACCCACCUGAGAGCGAGGACUUCCAGAGUGGUCUCUAUGUAGGGGACUCCCUGCAGCCUCAGGAGCAGGAAUCGCUCAGCCUCGGGCGGCUGAGUGACAAGAGCAGUGCCAGUGAGGUGUCCCUGGGAGAGGACAGGCCUGCGGAUGGCGAUUCCCAGAAGGACAAGAGCAGCUUGAAGUCAGUGGACAGCAGCCAGGACCUGAAACAGAGCGAGGAGUCAGAGGAGGAGGAAGAGGAGCGCGAUGAAGAGGAGCAGGAUGACUCUGCAGUGGAGGCAGAGCUGACGGUGGCUGUGGAUGCUGGUGCCUCUGUCGAUGUCACCCUGGCUGAUGACAGCAGCGAGCCAGAGGAUGCAGAGGGAGAGGAGCUGCCGGAUCACUCUGAUGAUAAAGAGCAGACGAUGCUCCUGGACACAGCCUGUAAGAUGGUGAGGUGGCUCUCGGCCAAGCUGGGCCCUACUGUCACGUCCCGCUUCAUCGCCAGGAACCUGCUCCGCCUGCUCACAUCCUGCUAUGUUGGCCCUACCAGGCAGCAGUUUGUACCAAGCAGCGAUGAGAACAGUCCCCUGAGCACAGGAAAUAUCUAUCAGAAGAGGCCAGUGCUGGGAGAUCAAGUGUCCAAGCCAGUGCUGGCCUGUCUCCUGCAUGUGGCUUACCUGUAUGGAGAGCCUGUCCUCACCUAUCAGUACCUGCCCUACAUCAGCUACCUGGUCGCUCCCGGCAGUGGCUCCGGUGGUGGCCGGCUGAACAGUCGGAAGGAGGCCGGGCUGUUGGCUGCUGUGACACUGACACAGAAGAUCGUGGUGUGUCUCUCGGACACCACACUGAUGGACAUUCUCCCCAAGAUCAGCCAGGAGGUGCUGCUCCCGGUGCUGGGCUUCCUCACAUCAGCAGCCAUCGGUUUCCCCAGUGGUGCCCAGGCCCGUAUUGUGCUGUGUGUUAAGACCAUCAGCCUGAUUGCCCUGAUCUGCCUGCGGAUUGGGCAGGAGAUGGUGCAGCAGCAUUUGAGUGACACAGUGAGGAACUUCUUUGAGGCCUUCUCGCUGCUGCAGGAGCUGCAGGAGCAGAGGACGGAGUCACUGAGCAGCUGUGAGGUGCCAGUGAUGGAGGUGCCCCUUUUGGAUGGGAAGCUGCUGGAUCCAGCCGUGCUGAUGGAGUUACAGAAGGUGUUUAACCCUGAGAUGGCCUACAUCACCUACAUCCCUUUCUCUUGCUUGCUAGGUGAUGUUAUCCGCACGGUUGUGCCCAACCACUCGCUGGUUGAGAAGCUGGCCAGCCUCUACCUGGAGAACGUGAACCCCAAGAGCCUGCAGGUUGUCAGCCUGGAGCAGACACCCAGCGUGGUGGGCUUAGACCAAGAUGCACGAGGAACCGAGCCCUUCUCUAGCCACCAUGAGGACACUCACUCUGGUACCUUUGGGAGCGUGCUGGUGGGGAACCGCAUCCAGGUCCCCGUGGACACACAGCGCGAGGGUCUGGAUUUACUUCACCUCAGUGCUGGCACUGAUGGCUUCAUCCCCAGCUUAUCCAGCGAGGAGAACACCCUGAAGCACGACCUUCCUCGCAGCACCCACAUGCUGUGUGGGAACUGGCUGGCCUACUGGCAGUAUGAGAUUGGGGUGAGCCAACACGACCCCCGUUUCCACUUCCACCAGAUCAAGCUGCAGAGUUUCUCAGGGCAUUCGGGGGCCAUCAAGUGCGUGGCACCGCUCAGCAGUGAGGACUUCUUCCUUAGUGGCAGCAAGGACAAAACCGUCCGCCUCUGGCCCUUGUACAACUAUGGGGAUGGCACGAGCGAGGUGCCAGCACGGUUCACGUAUGCUGAGCACAAGAAGUCUGUUUUCUAUGUGAGCCAGCUGGAGGCAUCACAGCACGUGGUGAGCUGCGAUGGGACCGUGCACAUCUGGGACCAGUUCACAGGGAAACUUCUCCGGACUUUUGAUGAAUUGGACAGCAAAGUGCCCAUCACGGCUGUGACCACCAUGCCACCUCCCUACCACAGCAUUUCUGUGGCCAGUGCAGACUCUGUGCUGAGGUUCAUUGACCACAGGAAGCCGGGAUUACAGCACGAGUUUCGCCUGGCCAGUGGGGUGAGCGCCGGGCUCAUCCGCUGCUUGGCCAUCAGUCCCAAUGGGCGCAGCGUUAUGGCUGGCUUCUCCUCUGGCUUCAUUGUGCUGCUGGACACCAGGACAGGACUCAUCAUGCGGGGCUGGCCUGCCCACGAAGGGGACAUCCUGCAGAUCAAGGCUGCAGAGGGCAAUGUGCUCAUCAGCUCCUCCUCGGACCAUUCCCUGACUGUGUGGAAGGAGCUGGAGCAGAAACCUUUGCACCACUACAAAUCUGCAUCUGAACCCAUCCACGCGUUUGACCUCUAUGGCAACGAGGUUGUCGCAGGCACUGUGGCCAACAAGAUCGGUGUCUACUCCAUGCUGGAGUCCUCAGCGCUGCCCAUCAGCACCACCAAGCUGAGCUCUGAGAACUUUCGGGGGACCCUGACCAGCCUGGCAGUGCUGCCCACGAAAUGCCACCUCUUGCUGGGCUCAGACAAUGGCAUCAUACGCCUCCUGGCAUAGCUGUCCCCAGCCUGGGAGCUUGCCCCACAGCGCUGGUGGCAGAGCUGAAAGCCAGUGGUGUUCCUUAGGGAGGAGGCAGGGGGAGGUGUGCUGUUAGUGGUAAAGCAUCUCUAACCUCUUAUCUCUAUGAAUCAAAAAAGCCAUAACUGAGAAACCUCCACUGCUGCUGGGAGAGAUACUGGGCGUUGUAGGUCACUGUCACCCCUGCAGAGAGGCCUGGAGCUUUCCAUACCAUGUGUGCCUGAUCCCCAGGGGACUGUGAGCUGCCCUCCAGAGUAAUAUGGACCACAGCUUUCCCCCUCCCUUUAAGAAGGGGUAAGAGGUGCCCCUUGACAAGAAUACACCAGUAUAGCUACUGCCAUCUGCACUUACCCUUCACUUCCACUCCUGAACCACUGAACACUCCUAUUAGGAUAGCAUAAGCUGGGCCUGGGAACUGCUGCCUUCAGGGCUGUGUGGUGCUGGGCAUCUCCUCCUCCUGUGGUCUGUGUGUGAAGCCCAGACAUGCACUCUGUUAACUUUAUGUUCUGCCAGCUGAGUUGGAGCCUGUAUGGGAGGAGGAGAGGUUAACAAGAGCCCUUCUGCUGCCAUACUGGCUCCAGGGCAAGUACUGGAAUGGAAAUCAGCCAAGGCACAAAGCCUGUCUGCUUUGCCAUUUCAUUUAGGAACGGGCUGCUGCAGAGGGAUGGGUUGGGAUUGGAACAUGACCCUCUAGGGAGGCCAGAACUACAUGUUUCCAUGAGGAUUUUGCUGUCUGGAGCUGUAGGGUAGGGAUGGCCUCUUUGGUGGUUCCUGCCCCAGGAAUGCUGCAUCCCAUGGUUGUGUGAGGGGUGAGGAAUGCCCUGUGUGCCACAGACUGGUAGGGCUUCUCCUUUGUGCUGGUCAGACUCCUGGGAAGACAGGACAGCAGAAAGGUGCUCAGUUUUGUCUCCUGGUGCCCUUACAGCAUGAAAACCAGGAGGCAGGAUCCAGCAUGGUCUCAUUCUGACCUUCCCUUUGGGACAGCACCCUCUGUUCCCACUCCAAAAGCAAGGGGAAUGCUCUUUGACCCAGCUGUAGGAGCAGUUGCCUCACUUCUAUUGCAACCCUUUUCCCAUCCAUCCUUCAGCCUAAUCAGAGCCAGUAUUAGGGAGUGGGAUGCUCUUACCUUGGGCAGAGGAGGAGCCUGCUGUGGGUUGUCCUGGGAGGAGAAAGGGCUUUUGCCCAGCUGCUGGUUCCUGUCAGGAGCCUGCUGUUGGGAAGGCUGCCUUCUGCUUCCAGGCAAGGUGGGGAGGUGAGCGGUUGGCCCUUGCUAUCCUUCCCUACCCAAGGGGAGCUCUCAGUCCCAUGUUGCCUAUUAACCAUUUGCAAUAGAUGUAAAUACUUCUAAUAAACUCUUUGA